AUGAAUGUUAACAGUAGAAAGUUGCAGGUAAAGAACAAGAGUGCUGCAGAAGUGCAGAUAACAGCAGAACAGCUGAUAAAUGAGGCAUUAGAUUUGGAAGAAGUUGAGAAAAAAGUGAAUUACAAUUUAAUUGACGAAAGUGAACUGAAUGAAUAUAAAAUAAGCAAGAGAAAGGAAUAUGAAGAUAAGAUAAGGAAAAGAAGGUACUUAAUUAGUACUUAUAUAAAAUAUGCUCUUUGGGAAGUAAAACAGAAAGACAUAAAGAGAGCAAGGUCUAUAUUUGAAAGGGCGUUAAAUAUAGAAUACACAAAUAUAAAUUUAUGGCUGAAAUAUAUAGAUGUAGAAUUAAUGAAUAAAAAUAUUAAUAGUGCUAGGAACUUAUUCGAAAGGGCUGUUUUGUUAUUACCUAUGGAAAAUAUAUUUUGGAAGAAAUAUGCACAUUUAGAAGAAAUAUUAAAUAAUUUUGUAAAUUGCAGAAAUAUUUAUGAAAGGUGGAUAAAGUGGAAAAUUGAUGAAACAUCUUUUUUAAGCUACAUAAAUUUUGAAGAAAGAUGCAAAGAAAUAGGAAAAUGCCGAAAUAUUUUUGAAAGACUUAUUGUGAGCAUACCCAAAAUAGAAUGUUUUUAUAAACUUAUUAAAUUUGAAAGGAAGUAUAAAAAUGUUGAUAGAGCUAGAGCAUGUUUUGAAAAAUGCAUUGAAUUAUUACCACCAUCUUUUUUAGACGAACAUUUUUACAUACACUUUUGCAAUUUUGAGGAAGAAAAUAAUGAAUAUGAAAGAUGUCGAAAAAUUUAUAUUGAAGCUUUGAAAAUUUUACCGAAAAAUAAAAGUGAAUUUUUGUAUAAAAGUUUUCUACAGUUUCAGAAAAAGUAUGCAAAUAAAGAUGAAUUAGAUGAGACCCUCAUGAUUAAGGAAAGAAUUACGUAUGAAGAGGAAAUAAAAAAGAAUCCAUCUGACUAUGAUACAUGGUUUAUUUAUAUAAAAUUAGAAGAAUCAAAUAUGAAUUCAAUAAAUAAAGAAAAAUGUAUUAUUCGUAUAAGGGAGUUAUAUGAAAGGGCUAUUAGCGUUAUACCCCUUGUAUCAAAUAAAAAGUUCUGGAAAAGAUACAUAUACUUGUGGAUUAAUUAUGCUAUCUUUGAAGAAUUAUAUGCAGAAAAUGCACAAAGGGCUAGAGAGGUGUACAAAAAUAUUUUAAAAAUUAUGAAAAAACAAAAUUUUACUUUCAAAAAAGUUUAUAUUCUUUAUGCCAGUUUUGAAGUUCGCCAAAUGGAUAUUCCCAAAGUUCGAUCUAUUUACAAUAAAGCAAUUGAAAUUGUCAAAAAGGAGGAAAUUUUUGAGGAAUACUGUGAGAUGGAACUACGUCUCGGUAAUAUCAAGGAAUGCAGAGAUAUAUAUGCCAAGUAUGUCGAAACAUUUCCCUUCAACUCUAAGGGCUGGAUUUCAAUGAUGAAUUUCGAGUUAUCUCUGGACGAGGUUGAUAGAGCCCGUCAAAUUGCAGAAAUCGCCAUAAGCUUAGAUGAUAUGAAACUGCCAGAGCUGAUAUGGAAGAACUAUAUCGAUUUGGAAAUAAAUCUGCAGGAGUAUGAGAAGGCGAAGAAGUUAUAUGAGAGACUACUGAACAUAACUCAGCAUUAUAAGGUAUUCAAAAGCUAUGCAGAGUUUCAGUACAUCUACUUUGACGAUAUCGCCAAAUGUAGAGAAAUUUUAGAAAAUGGAAUUGAAUUUUGCAAAAAAAGUGAACUUAUCAAUGAGAGAUGUAUACUACUCAACUUCUUAUAUGAAAUUGAAAAAGAUUACGGAGAUAAGGAAGUUAUAGAAAAGGUUCAGAAGAGACUUCCGAAAAAAGUUAAGAAAAGAAAAAUAAUCAAAAAAGACGAAGAUGAAAUUAUGGAGGAGUUUACCACUUACGUUUUCCCUGACGAUGGAAACCAAUCACAGAACAUGAAAAUAUUUCAGAAGGCUCUCGAAUGGAAGAAGAAAAUGGAGCAAGAGCGGCUGGAGAGUGAGGCGAAAAAGAAGGAAGUGGUUGAUGAAGACAAAGAAGUGGAAGAUGCAGUAGAAGAUGCAGUGGAGGAAUGA